CCCCCUCCGCCCCCCACCUUCGAGCCCCGCAGUGAGUUUGAGCAGAUGACCAUCUUGUAUGACAUUUGGAACUCGGGCCUGGACUUGGAGGACAUGGGCUACCUGCGGCUCACGUACGAGCGGCUGUUGCAGCAGACAAGCGGGGCUGACUGGCUUAACGACACCCACUGGGUCCAUCACACCAUCACCAACCUGAGCACUCCAAAACGCAAGCGGCGGCCCCAGGACGGGCCCCGUGAGCACCAGACAGGCUCAGCCCGCAGUGAAGGCUAUUACCCCAUCAGCAAGAAGGAAAAGGACAGGUACCUGGAUGUGUGCCCUGUUUCGGCCCGGCAGCUGGAAGGAGCGGACACUCAGGGGACUAACCGUGUGCUUUCGGAGCGCCGGUCUGAGCAGCGGCGGCUGCUGAGCGCCAUUGGCACCUCUGCCAUCAUGGACAGUGAUCUGCUGAAGCUGAACCAGCUCAAGUUCCGGAAGAAGAAGCUCCGGUUCGGCCGCAGCCGGAUCCAUGAGUGGGGUCUGUUUGCCAUGGAGCCCAUUGCAGCCGACGAGAUGGUCAUCGAAUACGUGGGUCAGAACAUCCGCCAGAUGGUGGCCGACAUGCGGGAGAAGCGCUACGUGCAGGAGGGCAUCGGCAGCAGCUACCUGUUCCGGGUGGACCACGACACCAUCAUCGAUGCUACCAAGUGCGGCAACCUGGCGAGGUUCAUCAACCACUGCUGCACGCCCAACUGCUAUGCCAAGGUGAUCACCAUCGAGUCCCAGAAGAAGAUUGUGAUUUACUCCAAGCAGCCCAUCGGUGUGGAUGAGGAGAUCACGUACGACUACAAGUUCCCGCUGGAGGACAACAAGAUCCCGUGUCUGUGCGGCACCGAGAGCUGCCGAGGCUCCCUCAACUGAGGGGCAGGACGGGUGCCCGCGCCCCUAUUUAUUCCCCUUGGGGCUCCGCAGGCCUCACCUGCCCCGAGCCCAGUGAGGGAGCCUCAGUUCCUUGAGGCAACGUCUGCCUGCCCCGUCGCCCCUGCCCACCCACCCCCUAACUUUUUUUCUUUGCGGAGAAGAAGCUGUAAAUGUUUUGUAGCUGCCAGCAGCUGUUUCCUGUGGAAACCUGGGGUGCCGGCCUGUACAGAUCCUGUUCUUGGGGGGCUGCUAGCCCCUUUGCUUUGUGUUAAUGGGGACUUCCCCUUUGUGCCCUGCGUGCACCCCUCCCCAGUUUAGGGGUCUCUAGGGGCAGUGGCCAUGUUCUCCCCCUGGGGGGGGGGCCCUGUGCCCCCAGUCCUAGGGACUCCGUGCCUGGAACCCUGCCUCAUCUUCUGUUCCUGCCAGACCCUGUGGGUCACCCUCCCACCCUGGCGUCUGGAAGCUCCUGUUCCGUCAGGCCAGGAUGGUGGGGGGUGGGCCCUUCCUGUUGGGCUGGAUUGUACAUAUGUUAAUAGCGCAAACCCAACGCCACAUUUUUAUAAUUGUGAUUAAACUUUAUUGUACAAAA